UACUUUUGCUUACUUCCUGGUUACGCUUCAGAGGCACAAGGAAAUUUGGCAUAUUUCAGAAAAUUUCAAAUAUUUGUUGUAUCUCCUGUAACUUUAUACAGACGUCGUCAGUAUCAUCAGUAUCAAGUUUAUUAAUAAUCGUUUGAAAACAAUAAUAAACCGAUGGUGACUUAGAAAUGAAUGACUUUUGGGAAAAGUGAGGACGUGCUUCACAGUGCACAGCGUCACGUCACAUCUACCAGGUGAAGGACAGCUGCAUCAACCCUCUUAUCUCAAUUAAACAUUAGACCCGUGUGCAAGCACUGCACAAACACCCCCUGGACAUUAGAGAUCUGUGCUGUCAGAAAGGCAAAAUGACUGCGUCAAACUGGGGUCUGAUCAUGAACGUUGUAAACAGCAUCGUGGGUGUGAGUGUUUUGACGAUGCCCUUCUGCUUCAAACAGUGUGGAAUUGUGUUGGGUACUUUGUUGCUGUUCUUCUGUUCGUGGAUGACCCACCAGUCCUGCAUGUUCCUUGUCCACUCAGCCAGUAACACCAAACGCAGGACUUAUGCUGGACUGGCUUUUCAUGCUUAUGGAAAACCAGGCAAGGCACUUGUGGAAUUGAGCAUGAUUGGCCUGAUGCUGGGGACAUGUAUUGCUUUCUAUGUCGUCAUUGCAGAUCUGGGGUCCAACUUCUUUGCCCGGCUGCUUGGGCUGGAGGUAACAUGGAGCUUCCGUAUCGUGUUACUGAUCGCGGUGUCACUGUUUAUCGUGCUGCCCCUCAGCUUGCAGAGAAACAUGAUGUCAUCCAUCCAGUCCUUCUCAGCCAUGGCGCUGAUCUUCUACACACUGUUCAUGUUCACGAUGGUGCUCUCCUCCUUCAAACAUGGCCUCCUCACUGGUCAGUGGCUGAACAAGGUCAUUUACGUUCGGUGGGACGGCGUCUUUCGCUGUAUCCCUAUCUGUGGCAUGGCAUUUGCCUGUCAGUCGCAAGUAUUACCAACUUAUGACAGCCUGGAUGAGCCCUCGGUGAAGAGAAUGAGCACAAUAUUCACAUCCUCACUCAACGUGGUCACCACCUUCUACAUCACAGUGGGAUUCUUUGGUUAUGUGAGUUUUACAGAUAACAUCGCUGGGAAUGUACUGAUGAACUUCCCAUCCAACCCAGUGACGGAGAUGAUCCGUGUUGGCUUUAUGAUGUCUGUGGCUUUGGGCUUCCCCUUGAUGAUCCUGCCCUGCAGACAGGCCAUCAACACCAUGCUAUUCGAGCAGCAGCAAAAGGACGGCACCUUCGCCGCAGGUGGUUAUAUGCCACCCGUUCGCUUCAAGAGCAUCACUCUUUGCAUUGUCUUUGGCACCAUGCUGGGUGGCAUCCUCAUUCCUAACGUGGAGACCAUCCUGGGUCUAACUGGAGCCACAAUGGGUAGUCUGAUCUGCUUCAUCUGCCCAGCUCUCAUCUACAAGAAGAUCAUGAAGAACGCUUGGACUGCACAGCUGGUUCUGUGGGUCGGUCUCGGGAUCCUGCUUAUUAGUACCUUCACCACACUGUCCAUUUCCUCCAAUGAGCCGCAGAAAUUCAAACCCCCUCCGGUCGUCCCCCCAAAAGCUGAGGACAAACUUCCCAUCCUCGUCGCCCCCGAGCUGCCAAAAGUGCCUGUACAAGAGAAUGGAGUGGAGCCUGAUCCAGGAGAGAUGCCGAACAAGCCCAAGCCUCCAAAAGAGGUCGAACAGCCAGUGGAGAAGGCACCAGCAGAGCCACCUCAGAUAAAAGUACCUGUGGAAGUGGAUGAGCAAAAAAAUAAGAAUGAAGAGGUUCAGCUGGAUCGCCCUGAAGCAGGUGUAGCUGUCCCAAAUGGGGAAGCCCACCGCCAUGAGCCGCCCAUCCCUCACGACAAAGUUCAGAUAGAUGAGAUUAAAAACCAGAAGGAGCUUGAAGAGGAGAAGAACCAACCUGCUAUUCAGGAGGAAGACAAGAAACAACCUGCCAGAGAGGAGGAGGAGCUGCUUGUUGAGCAGGGGGCGGGGCAAGCACAAGAGGUAGACCAAGAAGCUGGGAAAGAGGAGCAACUUCCUGUUCUUGUUCCAAAGGGGAAAAAGGCAGUGGAUCAGUUUCAGCCUGAAGCCAAUGAGGCUUUGGAGAAGGCAGAGAAACCAGAGGAUCACAAGAAGGUUGAGCCAGUGGUGGUGGUCCAUAAAGAACCAGAGAACCUGCCUGUAGUGGAAGAAGAGCAUGCUGAGAAUGAAGCUGCCAGAGAGAAAAAACCAGAGAUGGACAAAGCACCUGAACCUCAAGCUGAGAAAUCAAAGGACCAGGUUCCUGUGCAAGAGCAGAAGGAAGAGAAAGUUCCAGAUGCAGUUAAGGAUAGAGAUGGAGACAAGAUGGAAGAGCCUUGGAAUGUCACAGAGUCAGUGAUUAAAAAGAUUGUCGCAGAGGGUCAGUUGGACCACGCUAUGCUGCUGCAGGUAAUUAAGCAGCAGCAAGAACAGCAGAAAAGGCUUCUGGACCAGCAGGAGAAACUCCUGGCUGUGAUUGAGGAACAGCACAAGGAGAUCCACCAAAUAAAAGAAGAUGAUGAUCCAAAGGCAGCAGAACAGCAGAAAAGGCAGGAGGAGAAACAUGAGGAGUACAAGGAGGACCAUCAAAUAAAGAAAGGAGAAGAACCACAGGCUGCAACAGAGGAUGCAGAUGAGUUGGAAAACAAUUUGCAGAGGCAGCUGGACGGGAUGGAGGGGGCAGUGAAGCCUAAAGUUGCAGUCGUUGCUCCAGAACUAUUCCAGCAACCCCAGGGUGAACCAGGUCAUGUAGCUGCAGCUGUCGCAGGGCCUGAGGAACCUGCACCAAAAGAACCUGCAGUGGCUCAGGUUGCAGUCGAGGUUCCCCACAACGCCAUUGAAUCAGCGCAAGAUGGAGGUGUUGCAGUUCCUAAACAGGAGGGGCUGGAAUCGAAAAACCAAGAAGGCCUCAACGUGCCAGUGCCUGCAGAUAAUGCAGUGGAAAAGGAGCUUGGAGCACGAGGUGUUCCACUGCGUCAACGUGAGCCGGAGCAACCCUUAAUCAAUCCCAACGCUCUUGCAGAGGAGGAAGAAAGGGUAAGACAAAAAUUAGCCCAACUGGAAGCAGAGAAGGAGCGGAUUGAGAAAGAAAGGUUUGAGAAGGAGAGGAUUGAGAAGGAGGUUCAGGCCCGUGUGGAAAAAGAGCGCAAAGACAGGGAGAGACGUGAGGAACUGGCACGCGAGCAAGAGCUGGAACUUGUGCGACAAGAGAAGGAGCGAUUAGAGAAGGAAAGGCUUGAAGCUGAGAGGUUGAAAGAGAAAACCGAAAAGGAGAUCAUGGAGCGUGCUGAGAAGGAAAAAAGGUUGCUCGAACAUAUGGAAAGGUUAGACCACUUACAGCAGGUCAUUGAUGCCAAGAAAGACAGCAAGAAGGAGGAUGUCGCACCCCCUGAAGAUAAACUUCCACCCAAGCCUAAGAAACAAGGAGGCAGGGACUUGAAGGAGAACAUAUUCCUGCCAGAGGAGGAGAAGCCAAAAGAAGAGAAGAGGAGCAGAGAGGAUGGAGGGAUGGAUCUUAGGAGGCGGCGCAGGGCUGUGGACCCUGAAGGUGCUGAUCUGGAUCUUCUACAGGACUGUUCAGACUUACACACUGCCCUUGAGGAACAUCUGCUGGCUGGGGUUCUGGUGCACUCACGCCAACUUAAAAAGAUAAUCCAGAAUAAGGAGAAUGAAGAGUAGGUUUCUCCAGAAUGAUGAUCUGGCAUCUUGCCUGUGCAAAUUCAUGGUUGACAUGAAGUCUUCUAAACUCUGAAGCCUGUCACCAUACUUCUAAAAUGGACAUGCAGACAUGCAUUCUCAAAUAAGUAGGAAGUGACUUGGCUGAAUCCUUUUUCUCCUCUUUAUCUAAGACUUUAUUAUUUCAUAAAGGUUCGUGACGACAAUGGGCACUUUGCUUUGAUCCUAAAGUGUUACACAGGGACUACUGAGUACAUAGUCCCAAGUGAGAUUUUGCUGAAUCUUUUGCAAUAAACGGAAUGUCUUGUGUAAUAAACUGAGCAGGCAUCACAUUUAAAAAAUGGGCCUUGAUGGGCACACAGUGGCUUUUCAGAAUAUUGAGUUUUGGACCAUUGCAUAGAAAAAAAGACACAUGUACUCCCCCUUGUGGUGGAUAUGCUUAAUUUUGAUGCAAAGUUGUAAAAUGUAAUGUGUUGAAGUUACCGCCUGUAAAUUAAAAUCAAACCCUGAUAGUUUGGUUUUUCAGUUGAAAGAUAUGUUGAUGUCAGCCAUACAAUCAAUGUGAGAAAUGGUUUAAAAAAAAAUGAAGCUUUUAUAAUUUGUAUUACCUGGUUCGCCCCUCUAGGAACUAUCAAACCGUUACCUGUUUUGCAGUGAUUUCAGUCUGCUAUUCUGUAUAAUGUACCUGGAGUGUAAAUGUUACCUUGGCUAACAUCAGGUUCAAUUCUCCGUCAAGUUGGUUAGCACAGCAACAUGUUAAGCAAAUGUCCUGAUAUGAGAUUUGUCCUAUCACCCUACAAUAUCUGUGUUUUUUCUAUCACCCUACAAUAUCUGUGUACUUUUGUUAAGAAGUAUAUCAGACUCUUGGGUGUUUAGAGACUUUAAAAUUGAAUUGGAAAACUUGGAUUUAAGGUUUAAAUAUUCUGAAGCAUCUAGAGAAGUUUACAAAUGAUUCUUAAAUGUUUUUGAGAAAAGGCUUUAAAUAUGUUAUAUGUUCCUUAUUAUUCAUCCAAAGUCUUUUUGUAAAAUAUUUGUAUUUUUUCAUUUGUUUCUAAUUUAAUUUAUGCCCUUUUGAAGAAGUGUCUUUGUUUCUAUGUGGGUCCACAUUUUGCCUCCAAAUAUUCAACUGAUAUCUCAGUACAAGUUAUCAAACCAUCUUUAAAUGAUUGUCUUUGAAUUCAAGAUGUUUAACUGAUGAUAAACAUGUGAUAAGCUUUGUAAAAUACUGUAGGAUUGUGCAUAGUUUUUCUCCUGGUUUGUUUUUAAUAUUUCUAGCUUGUCUGCAACCCUGUAUUGUCACUUCAAGAAAGUACUAAAUCUUUCUAUGAUGACUUUCUGGUCAGUGCCUUAUGGUUUAAUGUUGUGCAGUGAUGUGUAUGUGAGGUCUGUAACACCCACACUGUGUGUGGAUUUUGUCUGUUUUCCAUACUGUGCAUCUUAUAUACCUUGCUGGUUAAACUAGCCUGGGUAAUAGACUUGAUUCUUUUGAUAAAUUUCCUGAUCUCACAUUUUGGGAUCUUUCAUUUGCUAUUUCCAAAAAAAAAAAAAAAAAAAAACUUUGGUAUGAGGUCACUAGACCUUCAUGCAAUACUGCCUUCUCAAUGGUCAGUAAGGUGGUUUGCAUUCCCAUAUACAGUUGUUUAAAAGUUACCAGAGGAUGUGAAGAAAAUUAAAGCACAUCUCAAGUUACAUUUUGCAAAUUGAAGAGGAUGAUAACCUCAUUUCUUAAGAGCGGGUUAAUGUAAACAUUAAUAUUCUUGUUAGUAAUUACCUUUUUAAAGUUUGCUCUGUAAUUGGGUUAAAUUAAUAAAAUUAUAUGUAACAGCA